UUCUAGAGUGCCCAGCCUCCUUCGGAGCCCGUUAUUCCCCAUGGUCCUUACGGAGUUCCCAGCAUCCACUAGGACGUUAGAGAAAUAGUUAUUACUACAGAGAGGAAAUAGCUUCAACAGAACACCGUAGUUUUACAUCAUAGAAAAACAUCCUAUUGGGGUAUAGGACGUCAUCAGUAGAUACUCGGCACAUAGUGGACGGAUUCACUUGUCAACAUUAGGAGCAUUCAGCUGUAUUAAAAAAAGACAGAAAGUGCAACGAUAAUCAGGAGGUAAACACUGCACACCGACAAAUAGUACGCACAGUGUCCGUGCAGGGUGCUGGAAUAUGGCUGCACUGCACCCGCUUUAGCUCGUUACAUGACUCGGUUUCCACGGCGAUGGGAAACAGCCGACAAGCUCAUAACAGAGGCCGUCUGGAGGUGUAACUUGAUCCGGGCCCAGCUACACAGCGACAGCAGUAGGAGGCCCGGCCAUUGUUAUGUGACCAGCGGGGGCAAGACACGAGCGGUUCCGAAGCAUCAGCAGCGGCUCCGGGCACAGGUUCUGGAUACAACAUGAAUAAGUAUGAGAAGAUAUUAAUAAUUGGGAGAGGUGCUACUGCUGAAGUAUAUCUAAUGAGGAAUAAAGAGACCAAGAAAAUGUAUGCUGUGAAAAAAAUCAAGGUAGAUGCAUCCAAACGAAUGAGAACUAAGGAGUCUAUACUUCAGGAAGCAACUAUAUUGAGUAAGAUUAUACACCCCAAUGUUGUAAUAUGCCAUGAGUACUUCUGUGACCCUGAGGAUGUCCAUGUUUUUAUUGUCCAAGACUAUUGUGAUGGAGGGACACUUGAUGAUCACAUCAAACAGAGGAAAGGUGUUUUCUUCUCAGAAGACGUCAUCAUGGACUGGUUUAUUCAGUUGACUAUGGCCAUCCAACAUAUUCAUUCCAUGAAAAUUCUUCACAGAGAUAUUAAGACUUCUAAUGUCUUUCUAACCAAAAAAGGCAUGAUUCGACUUGGGGAUUUCGGCAUCUCCAAGGUAUUGAACAGUACUAUGGACAUGGCAAGUACAUGUGUUGGGACACCAUAUUACCUCAGUCCAGAACUGUGUCAAGACAUUCCAUAUAGCUCCAAAUCGGACAUUUGGGCACUUGGGUGCUUACUUUAUGAGAUGUGUGCCUUCAAGCCAGCAUUUGAUGCAACAAACUUAAUAAGCCUCUUCUACAAAAUAGUUAAAGGGGAAUAUCUUCCACUGCCUGAUUGCUACUCCACAGAUCUACAUUUGUUGGUGAGAACUAUUCUAGAUAAGUGUCCGGAAUCUAGACCUAGUGCAAACAGCAUCCUAAGCUCGGGUGUCGUUCAGGGACAUUUGAAAAAAUUUAUACAGAAACAUGAAUUUAAGUUGUAUAAGCAACAUUUGGAUAAGAAUGAAAAUAGAGAGAUGCAUUCAUCAGAAAAUCGGAGCAAAACAUCACUGGCCUGUCAUGAAAUGUCUAAAGUGGACUUCAGGUCUAAAUCUGCUCCACCAAGCUCAUACAAAGCAGAUGUCAGUUCUUGUGAAUUGUGGGAUCAUGACGAACUAUUGAGUACUGGGGACAGAUCUGACUACUCUGAGGACUUUGACAAAGACAGUCUUUCUUCUGUUGAAGAGGACCUAGAGGGAGAAACUUGCCUAUGUCCAAAUGAUGAUAUCCCAGAGGAAGUUGGUUCUGGUGAUGAUGAAGUGCAGGAUUACGCCGAUGAUUUUGAGGAGGUUGAAGGAAACACUCUGGAGAUGGUUGUCAGUCAUGCUAGGUCGGCAAUGGAUGUGUCUGCUGAUAAUGAAACCUUCCAAGAUGACCAUGGAGAUCAUGAUGCCAACUCUUUGUCAGAAACGCUUAAGACAAUACGCCAGCAGUGUUUAGGAACCUACACACCCCUUUAAAGUCGGAGACAGAGUCGUGGUGAAGGUGCUCCCCAGGAACAAGAGCCCAGGAGACUUCACCUAUGGUCCAGAGACAGAGGUCGUAGCAGUUACCCGGACAGCAGUCCUGACAGAGGAAAAUCCUGCCUGGAUCCAUGCAUCCCGAGUAAAAAAGGUUCCUAGACCAGACCUAGAGAGGGAAGCAAGUGAUUCCAGUGAGGUACGAACCGGGGCAGACAGCCCUGACCUCCCACCUAGCGAAGAAAGAAGAACAGAAGAAGAUGAGGAACCUGUCCCCUAUCUCUAUCCUGGGGACUAUCUCGAUAGCCCUACUGGCCCUCAUUCACCUCACAAUAUGUGAAGUCGACAUCACACAAACAAAUGGGAUCCCCACCUUGUGGUACAAUUCCUCCAACACACACGUAGCCACAUAUAUCCUUGAUUAUUUCAUGUUCCCUAAACUUGCUGACAACAAACAUUUCAUACAGCAGAAAAGGAAAUCAGGAAUGUCUGAGACAGUAUAUAUUUGUGUUACUGACGAAUGGUACUAUGACAUUAGAUAUUAUGGAUCUAAUUGUAAUUCCUGGGAAGCUGUGGGGUGGAAUACAGGAACAGAUUGGGGAUAUCGCCCAUCAGCUGCCAGAAACAGAUAUGGUCAACAUCUGAACUUACUUCAAAGAUUGUCUAUUAAUUUUUGGUUGGAAUGGAUGAAGUAUAGUGCUAACAAACACAAUAAAAGCAACUGUUAUGUCUGUGGCAAAUCUAGGCCCCACCUAGGUACAGUGCCCCUUAAUAUACCCCUAGAACAGGAAAAUUGUUUUUUUUCAGCCUUUUUAAUGAUCACCGAUGACCCCACUCCUCCCUCUAAUACUCCUGCUAAUCGAAAGAAAAGAGCACUCCCAGGAGGUAGCUUUGACCCCCACGUAUACAUUGAUGCUAUAGGGGUCCCAAGAGGUGUUCCAAAUGAGUUCAAAGCUAGAGAUGAGGUGGCUGCGGGUUUUGAGUCAUUGUUCCCUAUAGUAACUGUAAAUAAAAACGUAGCCUGGAUUAAUUAUAUAUAUUAUAAUCAACAAAGAUUUGUUAAUGAUACCAAAGAUGCUCUUAAAGGUAUAGCUGAACAGCUAGAAGCCACUUCCCAAAUGACAUUUCAAAAUAGAAUGGCCCUUGACAUGAUCCUAGCAGAAAAAGGCGGUACAUGUGUUUACAUUAGUAAGGUGGAAGGCUGUUGUACAUAUAUUCCUGACAACACUGGUCCCAAUGGUAAGGUUACUUUAGCCAUAAACGAGUUAGAAACCUUAUCCAUAGAACUUAAGAAAAAUUCAGGUAUUGAUAACCCAUGGAGCCAAUAUUUUGGGUGGUUUGAAAAUUGGAAACAGGCUCUUGUGCAAAUAAGCAUAUUUAUACUUGUAACUUUAAUUCUUGUAGGCAUUAUAGUUUAUUGUGUAAUCCCCUGUGGAAAGAAACUUACCUCCAAAGGCAUUGAUAAGGCCCUGAUGUACUAUGAUAUAACCACCAGUCCUGUCACCUCCUCUGAUAGUAAGGGACCCGACGAUUAUGUCCAAUAUCUCAAGAACUGGAGGAACAAGAAAGGAGCCUCACUCAAGAAUCAUGUCAUAUAAUAAUCAUGAUUCUAAGAGGGGAUUGAAGGGUUAGCUCUUCUGUCUUUGUAAAUAUUACUUUUUAUAUGAUCAAUUUCCUUAUAAUAAGUAUAGUGUAAAAGUGAAUAUUUCUACCUCCCUAAUGAAGGGUUAAACAUGCUAUAUGAAUUGUUAUGUGUUUGAAUAGACACGUACGCACUCUCUACAAGAUGCCUUUGUCUGUUCAUAUAAUAUAAGGCUUGUGUGUGUCUUAUCUUCAAGGACAAUUACAUACCAGAUCAAAACUGUUACUUCUGUGUGUUACUAAAAUAUCCUGCAUGUAAUGUCGUAUGCUACUUCUAUUUAUCCAAUCAUAUGCUUGCACAUAUUGUAUACACCCAUGUUUCUUUUCUAUAUAGUACUCUGUAAUUUAUUAAAUAAACAGUGUGAAUUUUAA